AUGCCUACCGCAGUGGCCCAUUCCCAUAGGCCAACCACAAAGGUCACACACAAGUCCUUCAAGUCACGGGCUGCCUCUAAACAUGAGUUGAGGGAUCGCGCAAAGGGUCGAGUUUCUAACGAAAAGGGAAACCGAAAGACCCCCCAUCAACAAGUCAUGUCCAAGUUCGACCGACGCAACCAGGCCAAGCAGGCUCGUUUGAACAAGCACAAGGAACAAGUCAAGGAUAACUUGGUUUUCGCUGGAAAGGAUGGCGCUCCUCGACAUGUCGCUCUUAUUCCUCUUUGCGCUGGCACCGAUCUCAACGCCACGAUCAAGCAACUGAACAGCAGCGUCGAUAUCGAAGACAACGCUGAUGGCGGCAACUACCGAGUGACGGUCGAUCGAUUCAAGCAAAAGCUUCAGUACAUUCCUAUCGAGCGAGACUUGAACGCCUGUCUUGAUGCCGCCCGAGUGGCCGAUUUCGUUAUUGUCGUCCUGUCCGCCAGUGUUGAGGUUGACGAACUUGGAGAGUUGAUCUUGCGCAGUGUUGAGAGCCAGGGCAUGUCCACUCUCUUCACUAUUGUUGAGGGUCUUGACAAGGUCGAGCCCGCGAAACAGCGACAUAGUGUUCUUGGAUCUCUCAGGUCCUUCAUCACUCACUUCCACCCUGAGCAAGAGAAGCUCUACAGCAUCGAGAACCGACAGGAAUGCGCCAAUCUUAUGCGAUCACUAUGCAACACAACACCCAAGGGUAUCCGAUGGAGAGACGACAGGAGCUGGAUGCUUGCUGAGGAUAUCAAGUUCGCCUACUCCGAGUCCGAGCCCACAGUCAUUACUGGUAUCGUUCGUGGCAAGGGUCUCAAGGCCGACCGUCUCGUCCAAAUUGGCGAUUGGGGAACCUUCCAGAUUGAGAAGAUUGAGUCUGCUCCUCUGCCUAAGCAGGUCAAGAAGAAGGGCGAGGAAAUGACCAUCGACCCCGAAGAGGCUGGCAAGGUUCUGGACGAGCCCUCCGCAGACCGCGACGAGUUGGUGGAAUUGGCUCCCGAGGAGGUCAUGAUGGAUGCCGAUGUUGCUGAGAUGGAGGCUGAUGCGAGCGAAAAGAAGGGUGUUCUUCUCGAUGACCACCACUACUUCACAGACGAAGAGGCCGAGGCUGCAAAGAUCAAGAAGCGAGUACCCAAGGGUACAUCCAAUUACCAGUCCGCCUGGUAUCUGGAGGAUGUAUCUGACUCAGAGUCCGACAUGGAGGAUUAUGAGAUGCCAGAUGAGGAGACUGAGCAAGCCCGUCCUGAGGAUGGUAUUGAGGGUUACGCCCCUGCACCAGGUACUGAGGGUGCUCCUUCAGAAUACCCCCAGUCGGAGAUGAUGAUCGAGCCAGAUGAGGAGGAGGACCUCAAGCAGCUCGAGCAAUAUCGUGCAGGCAAGCGAACUGAAGAGGAGGACGAUAUGGAAUUCCCUGACGAGAUCGAGUUGCACCCUGGUGUACUGGCUCGCGAGCGUCUUGCUCGUUACCGUGGUCUCAAGAGUCUGCGAACAAGUAGGUGGGAGGAGUCCGAGGAUCGGGCUCACGAGCCUGAGGAGUGGAGGCGCCUUCUCCAAGUUCCCAACUACCAAUCUUCCAAGUCACAGGCCACAAGAGAGGCCUUGGUCGGUGGAGUUGAGCCUGGCACCCGUGUUCACAUUCACAUCAAGGGUAUUUCUCCCAUCCAGGAGAAGACCUACGAUCCUAAGAAGCCAUUGACACUCUUCUCUCUUCUACGACACGAGAACAAGAAGACCGCUGUCAACUACUUGUUCAACCUCAGCUCCGAUUUUACCCAGUCUAUCAAGGCCAAGGAAGAGCUCAUCGUCCAGUGCGGACCUCGCCGUAUGGUGAUCAAGCCCCUAUACUCCCAGCCUGGACAGACACCAAAUGACGUCCACAAGUACUGCCGAUUCAUCCACCCCGGACAAUCAGCCAUUGCAACCUUUACGGGUCCUCUAACAUGGGGAGCUGUGCCUGUUCUGUUCUUCAAGCGAACCACAGCCGAGGAUGUCGAGAAGAACGAGGAAGAGGAUGGCCCUCACAUUGGCAUGUCUCUCAUCGGUACAGGAACUGCCAUCCCACCUUCAACAUCUCGCGUCAUCGCCAAGCGCAUCAUCCUUACCGGCCACCCCUACCACAUCCACAAGAGAAUUGUCACCAUCCGAUACAUGUUCUUCAACCGAGAAGAUGUCGAGUGGUUCAAGGCCCUACCGCUGUGGACCAAGCGAGGACGCAGUGGUUUCAUGAAGGAGCCCCUUGGUACACACGGUUACUUCAAGGCUACAUUCGAUGGACGUAUCAACCCUCAAGACUCUAUCGGUGUCAGCUUGUACAAGCGGGUGUGGCCACGCACUGCCGUGCCCGUGGAGGGGCCCCUACUGGAUAUUGCUACUAGCAGGAUUCAGGCGGACGGCGAUAUGAUGAUGGAUGACCAGGCAUAG